AUGGCGAGAGAUCGUUUGGCCGGUGUGACCCGCAACUACGGGGACGAGUCCAACCCCCAACCCUCCUACCCUCCCUCCAACGGCGUCAUCGGCCAGGCCCGAGGCGGCAACCCUUACGCACAGCAAGAUUACUCCGCUCCUGCCCCUCAGGCGCAGUAUGGCCAGGCACCCCCUCAGGCGCAAUAUGGCCAGCCUGGCGGUGGGUACGCCCAGGACGCGGGGAACCCAUAUGGGAACCAGCAGUAUGGGCAGCAGCAGGGGUAUGCGCAGGGCGGGGCCGGAGGUGGUGCGGCGGGCGGACAGGACUUUUGGUCCGAGUUGAGCGGGACCAACAGUUCUUUGGGGCAGUUGCAGGAGCAGAUCCAGGCUGUUCGAUCGGCGCACCAGCAGUCUCUCUCGUCGACUGAUUCUGCUGCCGCCGCACACGCAUCGCAGCUGAACGACCAAGCCCGGAUUCUCCGCGAAGACUGCAAGAACCAAAUCAAGCGGCUCUUCAAGCUCGCCAAGGGCGACAAGGCGCAAAAGGCCCAGGUCGAGGCCGUCAAGACUCGGUUCACGUCGCUGCUCAACGAGCACCAAGUGAUUGAGAAGGAGUUUAGGAAGAAGGUCAAGGACCGCGUAGAGAGGCAGUACCGGAUCGUCAACCCCCAAGCGACCGAGGAGGAGGUUCGCCAGGUCACCGAGAGUGAUAAUCCCCAAGUCUUCUCCCAGGCUCUGCUCAACUCGAACCGGUACGGUGCGGCCCGAGGGGCGUACAAGGAGGUCCAAGAGCGACACGUCGAGAUCCAAAAGAUUGAAAAGACCCUCACGGAGCUCGCGCAGAUGUUCAACGAGAUGGCGAUGCUCGUGGAGCAGCAGGAUGAGGCGGUUGUGAAUAUCGAAACUCAGGCUCAGGGCGUGGACAAUGAUGUCAAGGAGGGUCUGAAGCAGACAAACCGGGCGGUCGAGUCGGCGCGCAAGGCCAGGCGGAAGAAGUGGAUCUGUUUCUGGAUCUGCGUCGUCAUCCUUGUCAUUAUCGCCGCUGUCCUCGCCGGAUACUUCGGGUCAGGCGCCAACAACAGGCCAGCGUGA